AUGGCGUGGCGAGUGACUGUGCCCGAGCUACAGGACCAGCUGCAGUGUCCCAUUUGCCUGGAGGUCUUCAAGGAGCCCCUCAUGCUACAAUGCGGUCAUUCCUACUGCAAAGACUGCCUGGACUCCUUGUCCCAACACCUGGACUCCGAGCUGCGCUGUCCUGUGUGUCGUCAGUGGGUAGACUGCAGCAGCUCCCCGCCUAAUGUUUCCUUGGCGCGGGUGAUCGAUGCUCUGAGGCUCCCGGGAGACACGGAACCCACCGUCUGCGUGCACCACCGAAACCCUCUCAGCCUCUUCUGCGAGAAAGACCAGGAGUUCAUCUGUGGUCUCUGCGGCUUGCUGGGCUCUCACCAACACCACCGAGUCACACCUGUCUCCACCGUCUACAGUCGCAUGAAGGAAGAACUUGCAGGCCGCUUAUCUGAGCUGCAGGAGGAACGGAGGAAAGUGGAGGAGCACAUUGGCAAAUUGGUGAACAACCGGACCCGGAUUAUCAACGAGUCCGACGUCUUCAGCUGGGUGAUCCGCAGAGAGUUCCAGGAGUUGCAUCACCUGGUGGAUGAAGAGAAAGCCCGGUGCCUAGAGGGGGUAGAGGGUCACACACGUGGCCUGGUGGCUUCCCUGGACAUGCAGCUGGAGCAGGCUCAGGGUGCCCAGGAGCGACUGACCCAGGCCGAGCAGGUGCUGGAGCAGUUUGGUAACGAGAGUCACCAUGAGUUCAUCCGGAAGUUCCACUCCAUGGCCUCCAGGUAA